CUUCUAACUUCCCCACCUGCACUUGUGGUGAGCCUUUCUAUCAGGCUCCAUCUUUGUGAGUACCUUGAUAUAAGUGUUAUUACAUAUACUUAUCACAAUUGACCAGCUAUAUUGCACUAGGCUUUGGCCAUGUUUUUUUGUCUUUCACUGCAAUAUCAUAUGUUUACACCAACUGCCUCUGCCUACCUUUUUAUGUAUGUGCAGUUUUUAUCUUUGUAUGUAUUGAGAGGUGAACACACAGGUGUUAGAGUGUAUUGGUCAAUUCUAAAUCACACAGCGGGACUUUGUAUUUAUUCUUGUAUUGUAUUUGUAUUUAACCCUCUCACUCAGUCCAGCGUGUGAAAAUCAUGACGUACUUAUAUAACAGAAAUUAUCGUAUCAAUAACAUAGAUAUGUGCUUUAUACGGGGCAAUAGCAUCCCAGCAACAUUGACAAAAACAAAUUUCAUUUAGAAAAGGCAUUAAUUAAAGAAAUGAAAACCAAAUGGGAGAUAGCCACCCUAACCAAAUAUGUCAAUGAGCAAAUUACACCAAGAGGACUUAGAUUUUCCAAAGAUCCAGCAUCAGACAAAGACGACCCCCAUUUUAUGACUGGGUGGAAUAAGAUGAUGGAUGGCUUUUCAUUUAGUUUAUUGGGCUACAUAGUAGCAAAAAGGGAGGAAAGCCUCCCUAAACUAGAUGAAGAGAUAACCAAAUGGAAGGAGGGUCUCAUUGAGACAAGCCCAGAAAUGUACAACAACAUUAUAAAAGAGAUUAAAACAAAAGUAGACAAAAUAGAAGAUACCAUCAUAGAAAUUAAAAAGAAAAAAUAUCUUAGAGAUAUAAAUGAUUACAAAACAGGUAACGUUAGGAAGCCUACCUCAAGGAGAAAACCCCAUGAACACACUUCCUUCACUAACAAAAAAGAAUCAUAUUAUCAUAGUCCAUAUACCCAUAAACCACCCUUUCAGAAGAAUGGCAGAAGAAAAGAGUAUGAUAAUCACAAACCGGAAAACAUCCAUAGAUCGAACUAUGUUACAUAGUUACAUAGUUACAUAGCUGAAAAGAGACUUGCGUCCAUCAAGUUCAGCCUACCUCACAUUUGUUUUUUGCUGUUGAUCCAAAAGAAGGCAAAAAAAACCAGUUUGAAACACAAUUUUGCAACAAGCUAGGAAAAAAAUUCCUUCUUGACCCCAGAAUGGCAGUCAGAUUUAUCUUUGGAUCAAUCAGUUAUUACCCUACAUUAAAGAUUAUAUCCUUGAAUAUUCUGUUUUUGCAAGUAUGCAUCUGAUUAUCGAACAACAUCAAGAGCUCAAAAACAUACAUCAAACAACGGGACCCUAGAAGCUAUAGCGAGGCGGUAAAAGAAGGACUGCCAAAAAUGCAAAACCACAACCAAAAAGGUUCCACAGAAAAUAAGAUGAGAAGAGAAAGAUCUAAAUCUCCAAUAGUAACUAAUCACUUGGCAAUGCAUAGAUCCCGUUUGUCUCCCAGUAUCAACAACCAUAAGAUACGCCCCUGAUCUCACUCUCCUCCCUCAACAUCUUCAGUACCUGUAGCUUCUUCACCUUUUUUUCGGAAGGAUCUCUUGACCAACCGAUUGAGGUGGUCACAAACAAGCACACCACAAGAGUCUCCCGGGAAAUGGCAGAGAUCCAGGGAAGAAGAAGACGAAGAUGGAAGAGAAGAAGAAUUGAGAUACAGAGAGAAGAGAAACAAAAGACAAAUAUAGAUGGCAUUUUUAACCUAACAGAUUAUUCUUUUACUAAAGAGGAGAAGGAAAUGUUAGGAAAAGGUCUUAAAUUUGCACCCACCUCUGAUUUUAAUAAAUUUGAUUUUUUGUAGAUAUUAACCAUUUUAUCAGAAGACUAUGCCUCAAAUUUUUUUUUUAAUGAAAGAAAAGAACAGACUGUACUAGAAACAAAUGAGGUAUAUGAACAAACAUCCCUGAAAGAAAGAUCUAGUUUCUUUCCAAAGCAUAUGAUCUCAGACCAAAUUAAAACCUUUGAAACUAUGGUGAUGAAAGAGACAGACAAAAUAACGAGAAUUAAUAAAUACCAGAACAACUUAUCUAAAAAAGAAAAAACUGUCUCUAGAUAAUGAGAAAAAACCCGAAAUAUAAUAAUAAAACCCGCAGAUAAAGGGGGAGGAACCAUCAUUUUUGAUAGGGAGAAAUACAUACAAGAUGCUGAGAGACUUCACUUAGAUGACAAAACCUACAAGAAGCUACAAGAAGCUACAAAUCAUAUAUAAACAAAGGGAAAGAAUUAAAUAUCCUAAACGAAAAGGAAGCUGAAUACCUCCUUAUGGACAAUCCCCGUAUACCAGUAUUUUAUCAUCUGCCCAACGUCCAUAAAGACAUCACCAACCCCCUGGUAGACCAAUAAUAUCAGGCAUUAACUCAAUAUCAUCAAGAGUAUAUGAAUAUAUAGAUGUUUUAUUACAACCAAUAGUAAUCAAAAACCCAUUUUAUUUAAAGGAUACGAUACAUAUGCUACAAAUUUCAGAACACAUUGAGUGGAAAGAAGGAUAUAUUUUAGUUACAUGUGAUGUCAGUUCUUUAUACAGCAUUAUCCCACACGAAAAAGGCAUAGAGGCAUUUUAAGGAAGAGCAGACUGAUAUUAUAGAGGGAAUUGUAUUGAUUUUAACCAACAAUUUUUUGUGGUUUGAGGAACAUUUCUAUUUACAGAUCUGUGGUAACGUGAUGGGCACCAAGUUCGCGCCCAGCUUCGCUAAUCUUUUUAUGGCGUAUUGGGAGGAGAAUUUUAUCUCCCAAGAGCACGGCUCGGGGGAGAACUUGGUGGCCUAUUGAAGGUUUAUAGAUGACAUUUUUUAUUUGGACAGGCACACCAACCAUUUUAGAGAAGUUUUUAGAAUUCCUCAAUAGUAACAAUUGGGGAAUAAAACUCACAUGUACCCAGAGCCAAUCAGAGAUCAAUUUCUUAGAUCUAAACAUCUACAUUAAGGAUUCAUCAAUUAAAACUAAGAAUUACAUUAAACCUGUAGAUAGGAACAGUUACAUAGAAAGAACGAGCUGCCGUCACCAACAUUGGUUGGCCAAUGUCUCAAAAUGACAGUUCCUAAGGAUAAAGAGGAACUGUACAGAUGAGAAUGACUUUUUAUAACAAGCAAAAUAUUUGGAACAACAAUUCCUAGAAAAAGAUUGAGGAAGAAAGCAUCCCAAACAACUUGGUACAGGUGAAGACCCUAUACAGACAACAACUCCUUACAUAUAAACCUAAGAAUAAAACUCAGACAACUAACGAUAUACCUUUUAUCUGCAAUUACCACGGAAAUACCCGAAAAGUAAAACGAGCCAUACAGAAGUAUUGGCAUAUUUUAAAAGAUGACCCCGUUUUAAACAAAAUCCUACCCCCUCAACCUAAGAUCAUUUUUAGAGGAACGAAAAACCUAAAAAGGCUUUUAGUUAAAAGCCAUUUAGAAACAGAGAAACCAAAGAAGAAUUUUUUAAAGGAGCUCUCAGGAUUUUACGGUUGUGGCAACUGCCUUCCAUGCAGGACCACCAGUAGCCACAAAAGGCAGCUUACUAAUAUAAGUGAAAUUAUAGGAAACGAAUACACCAUCAACGUUCAUGCAACUUGUUAUUCUAAAGGAGUCAUUUAUGCUCUAAAAUGCUCCUGCAACUUAUUAUAUAUAGGCAGAACAAUUCGCCCAUAAAACAUUAGAAUUGCGGAACAUACGCAAUAUAAAAAAAGGUCUCGAAACCCAUAGUGUUUCUCAACAUUUUAAAACCACCCAUAACCAAAACACCACACACCUCUUUUUCUGUGUUUUAAAAGUAGUACAAAAAGAUUGGAGAGGAGGGGAUUUUAUCAACAAUUUGGGAAAAGAAGAGAUUACAUUUAUUUUUAAUUUCAACACUCUUAUACCAUAUUGAUUAAAUUCAGACUUUGAACUCUGCCAUUUUUUAUGAAUGCAAUGAUUCGCAUGUUUAACUAUGUUUAACUAUGAGCCUGAAUGCUCAAAGCAGAAUAUUGAUUUUUUUUUUUAAACAUUCCAAACUUCUGAAUUGCAGCGAAUUUGCAGAGCGUGAGACUGAAAUAACAUCUGACAUGAAAGUCAGAUAAGGAAAAAUCAUUCCACACAAUACAUAAAUGUAUAAUUAAAUUAAAUGACAAAACGUAAUGACAGAGUUAAAAUGAAAUAAAGUAAAACGCAGUAUAAUAUAUAAAUGAUCAAAAAUAAAUCCAAGUUUAUAAACCAGAAAUAAAAAUAUCCGUAAUAUAUAGCUAAUACUCAUCUGUUCCCGCUGAGGAGCUGCAAAGGAAGAUGACUUUGGAACAAAAUAAAUAAAAAUUACUGUUUGGUAGAUAUACCCCAAAUAAAAACUUGCUUGCAUUUUUUUUUAUCUAUUUGAUUGGGGAUAUACCUAAAAACAGCUUGCAAAAACUGCAGAUCUCUUGUCUGCUGCCUUUGCAAGCUCUCUCCUUUUAACCCCACCCAGAACCCCAGUUUCUACUCAAUACAGCUCAAUGAGAAGUCUUUGUAAGGCAGAUGCUCUGGGCAAUUGCUGCCUCUUGAGCUCAGCUGCAUGGAGCUAAUGAAAGCAGGAAGUAACAUUUCAUGUUGUCUGCUUGAAACUCAAGGGGUUGUAAUCAGGUUAAUUUGUUAAAGUGUCAAUUUCUAUUGAAUUUUGCUCUUUUCGCAAAAUGAAAAAAAAAAAAAAAGAGGACACACUCUUCACACAUAAAGCUUUUUAGCAAACUAAAGUUGUUUGGGGGUCUGGAGUGACUCUUUAAGUAAAGAGAGAGUAAGCAUAAUAUGAGCCUCCAUGUCUUGUAAUAAAAUCAAUGUUAUUCUCUUAACCUGUCAGUGGUUUUAAUGUUGUGGCUGAUCAGUGUAAAUAGUAUAUAAAUCUAUGUAUUUAUUUUCAAUAAGCGUUUGGCAAAUCCCUUGUUGGGACAGUCCUGCCAUGUCUUGAACGGACUAUUGAGCAUAUCAACAAUAAUCAAUGAAUGUAUUUUUAAUUAUUGUCCACGAUGUAUUUAUUAUAUUUUUGUUUUAGUGCUGGUAUAGAAAACUACUUUACUUUUUAUUCAUGCAUCUUUCAGCUGAUUAUUAAAUAAGUGAAUUAAUAAUAAAUAAUCCCAUUCUUUUUUUUACAACUAGGAACAUGUCCUACUGUAUGAUAAAAGGCUAUAAAAUCAUUUUGGUUAUUUCACUGAUUGUUGUUCUAAAGUUAAGUUUCAACUAUCAUCAAAUAUUACUCCAGGUAUGUUUAUUCAACGAUUACACUUUCAAAUAUAAAGUUAAAGAAGACAGAGUUUAAUCAAUAAAUAACUAUUUUAUUGGUUUUCUCCACAGUCUUUCAAACCUCAAAUUCUUCAAAUAUAUUCAAAACAUAAUGUUGCAUUCAGAGACUUUUAUGAAUCCAAUACAAAAUAUAUUUCCGAAGAGAAGGACAUGGAAAUAAACCAGAUUUUUGAUACCAUAAGUAACAAUAUUUCGAGUGUCCCUUUCAGACAUUUAAAUCUGGCAACAAGUGCAAAAAUGAGCAGAGCAAAGAUAUUAUCUUACCGACAACAGUAUUGCAAUGGAGAUUCUUUAACUGUCCGUGUUGAUAUGUUCAACUAUUUGGGCCAAAGGAAGACAUAUGGAGGAGAUUUCUUAACCGCACGGAUCUAUUCCACCGAUCUUGGAGCUGCAGCUUCCGGAAGGGUUGAAGAUUUCAAUAAUGGAUCCUAUAACAUCCAUUUCAUUCUAUCUUGGGUUGGGAAUGUGAAAAUAUCAGUUAUUUUGUAUCAUCCAAGCGAGGGCGUGUCUGCUUUAUGGAGAGCUCGGAAUGCGGGAUAUAAAAAUAUUAUUUUCACCGGAAAUUUUCUCUAUAAAACUCAGGAGAUUGAGAAAGUUUGUGGAUUUUAUUUAGAAUCACAACAAGAAAAAUGUGUGUAUGCAGAUAAAAGAGAUGGUGAAUUUUUCUACUGCAUCAAACCUCCAAAUGUGCCAUGUGAAGCACUAAUUUCAAUGAGGUCCAAAAUCCAUCAUCAUUCAUAUCUUACCAAAUCAGAAAAGACUAUUUUUACCAGGUAAGUAUUUCUUAGGGCAGGAUAAAACAUGAAUAAAAUAAAUCAUAGUUCCGGUAUGAUAUUUAAAUAAUUUUUUCUAGCUUGGAGCAAGUUAAGUCUGACUUUUCAAGUGACUUUUGAAGGUAAAACUAUUGGGGGAAAAAAAGAGGUUUCAGUGUGGUUCUCAUGCUACGAACAGUUUCCUCCACUGUAUGUACCCCAUGAUUGAUUACAUACAGAUUGAGAUGUCAGGGUGCAGAGUCUUCAGGGAAAUAGGCAGCCUGGUUAUCUAGCAGUAUGAACAAAUGACACUUUUUUUUAGAUCAAUAAAAAAUUUAUUUUAAAAUGGUUUAGUUAUAGUGUGUUAGUAAAAUAAAUAAAUCACAGAGCCCCAAAUGUAUAUAAGAUGAAGACCCCCCCCUCCACCUAGAGUUAUGUAAAUAAAUUUUUCUAAUCCAUCAAAAGUAAACAAUAGCAUUGAGCAAUAGGGUCUUUUGUCUUGGAAAACGUUCAUAACUGAGAAAUGAAACAUUGACUUCAAUAAAAACAAAAAUGUAUCCUUAUCACUAAAGUCUUUUGAGUGCUCUCCUUUAUGCAAAUGUGUAACCAACAGAGGGAAAAACAAAAAGAGCAAUUAAAAAAUAAUAUAUAUAUAUAUAUAUAUAUAUUUAUUUAUUAAUUAUAUAAUUAUUGCAUAUAAAAUAUAUAGAGUUUUUUGUCCAUUCAUUCCUCACGUCGUAUUCGCUUCAUGAAUAAAAUGAACUUUUAUUGACUGUCCCCUAGCUAUCAUUCAUCAUUUUUUUCCCAUGAAUUAUCUCUUUUUUUGGUGCCACAUGAUGAAUGUUUGGCACCGUACAUAUCAAUGGGUCAGUGAUUUGGAUGCAUUUCAGCUCAUAACCCAAUUGAAUCAAACUCGGCCAAAUUACAGUUCAGCCUGAAAUUAAUCUCUAAGUCUAGUGUAAAGAUAUCAAAUUAUGGGAGGAGCUGCCCAUAUAUUACCCUAACUCCCUAUCCAAGCCCAGUACACUGGCAUGGAAGGGUCCUCAACCUAAGUGUUUUCUAGUAUUGUAAAGGGAAGCCACACCCAUAACACUACUUGAAAUGAAACAAUUCCCUCCCCUAAAUAUAUGUUGAUAUAGUUGUGUUUCCAUAUGGUGAAAUAGUAAAAUCGCCUAGCUAGUGAAACUCAAACUCCUGUGAUAAUUAGUGAGCCCUACCACAGCAAACACUAUACAUCCUGGCUACCCUUGCUGUGAAGAAAAAAACAAGUAAAAAUGUAUUUCCUUAAAUGCUAAACUUGGAAAAAAAUAUUUGGCCUCUCAAAAAGGAGAUCCUAUCAGCUUGGUGGCUGGUAUUAAAAUGAAGGCUUACCCCAAGCAUGUCAUAUUGCAUUAUUAGUAGUGGAUAACAUUCUGUCUAACAGUGUAUCCUGCUGUUCUGUCUUUUUCCCAUUAUAUAUAAGGGUUAGACAUGUUGUUCAGCCUGUUUAUUAUAUAUUUUUAAUCCUAAAAACCUCUUGAAUGCCUUCCUACUGUUAUGCUAUAUCCUUUGAUAUACUUGCUCAAGCUGUUGGGGCAUUGCAAGCAUAAUUGCAUCUUUAUGCACAACAAAAAUAAAGAAUAUAAGAAAAAAAAAUGAAGGCUAACAACGUAUCGUUCCCUUUAAUAACAGACAGAAAUGAUUUUUGCUUAGGGCUAUUGUGACUGGCUAAUAAAUGUUGCAUUAAAAUAUAUCCAAAACAAUAAAUUAAAAAACACGCUGAUACUCACCUGUGAAAUUAUUGCAUUUGCUGUAAAUGCACAGGCAGUUACUCAUCAAUAACGACACUCACCGUACCUUUAUAUAGCACUGUUGAGCUUAUCCCAGAAGAAGUACAAACACAAAAAAGUAAAACAAAAUGAAUGUACAAACAAUUCUAUACAAUUAUUAUAUUAAAAUGUUAUGUAUAUUAUUCAUUUAUUAUUAUUUUUUUUUUCAAAUUAAAGAUCAAAUAUUGGGGUAGAAAUUCCCAGAGACCCUGGAAGCAUUGCUGUAACAAAUUGUCAAAGUAAGUUUUAUCUUGCUUAUUCUUUGUUAGUUUCCUUAGGAAUACAAGUUUGUAGUUCCUCUGUUCCAAUAAAAGGCAUUAGUCACUUUUUUCCAGAACAGAGGAAUCCUCAGUGCCCCUCGCCAUUCCACCUCUUGUGAUAUCAUUGAGGAGGCAUGGCUUCCUCCGCCAUUGUCCAAUCCAAGAUUCCUUAUAGAGGAGCAUAUUGGAUUUGACUGCGGUGAGUGCUGCAUACACCCAGUGCUUUUCAAAGGAAAAUAUUAAAUCCAAUCAUUUUCUAUGAGCUGAGUUCAGACCAGCCGAAAUGCCUCUAGUGACUGGUCGGAACCAAAAUGCCUCUAGUGCUUGGUAUGACAUCCCCUAGAGACAUGUUUACUCCUAUAUGACAAACAUUGCCCUUUCAAGAAAAACUGUAAUGGUUUACCUUGACUGGUUAAAUAUACAGGACUGUAUGGAGAUUAAGUGGCUUGGCUGACUUUAGUGGUCCUUUAAGAUAAAUGUAGAUUUUGUUUUGGGACAUGGUUAAAACAAAUUUUGUUUUCAAAAUGUUAUUACUUUUUAAAUAGUGUUGCUGAUUUCUACUAUGUCAAUUUGAUAUGAACCUCUUCUACCUCCUUUAUUUGCAUCCUCUAUGUUGUUACUCAUCUUCUAUUUCUCCAGGUCUUCUUGUUUGUGGGGUCUCCAUAAAUUAAUGGUUCUUCCUGCAUAGUAAGCUCCAGGCCACAAAUCCCUGACACCCCAAAUUAUCUCGAUGUUUUAUGUGCUUAAUCACUGGCCAAAAUCCAGUGAAAAUGACAAAAUUCCAACCGCAACUGAUUACUAAUGCAAAACAUGUUUAGAAUUUGGUCAGACUGAGCGAAUCUGCAACAAUCAUCCAUGUGGGCAAAUAGUUAACCCCUUAAGGAAUGUCGGACGUUCUAUGCCAUCCUUUGUACUUACCGGGUCCCCGCCAAUACAGCCGCUAGAAGCGCAUCUGCGACUUUGGAUGUGAAAAAUCUCAUUCAGCGUGCAGAACGUCCAUAGGAAAGCAUUGAGAAAUGCUUUCCUAUGGACUGUUUGAAUGCGCGCAGCUCUUGCCGAGCAUACGCAUUCUGCUCCACUCGACGUCGAAGUGGGAGGAGAGGUCACCAGCGCUGAGGGAGCCCGGCGGUGGAUUAAAGUAAGUAGCUGAAGGGGUUUUAACCCCACAAAAUCCAACGCAUAGAUAGAGCCUCUCAAGCCAUUCGGCAUCUAGCAGGGCCUCACCCAUCACCAACCUUGUUUAAUGGUUUCGCCACUUGGCAUAGCUAGUAAGCCAUGAUAUUGUAAGCGUAAUCACAACUACUUCAUGCUGUUUAACAUAUCUCAACGACAGGAAGGUGGAGAGUCCUGUCCAGGGCCGCCAUCAGAAAUUGUGGGGCCCCUAACACAGCUCAAGGUCUUGGCCCCUGGGUGCCCGCCUCCAAGCCCCACCUCCAAAUCCCGCCCACAGGAAUACACACACACAGACACAAAAGGACACAGACACACGAACAGAAAGAUACACACAUACUAACAGACACAAAUACUGAAACAGACAUACACACAUAGACACAUACAUAGAUACAAAUACACACACACUGAGGUACAUACAUACUCAUAUACUGACACACAUAUAUACAGACAUACAGACAUACAAACAGACAGACAGACAUACACAAAAAUACAUAUUGACGUACAUGCAUACAUACAUACAUACUGGCAUGCACGCACAUACAUACAGACAUACAUGCACAUACAUACAUACAUAUAGACAUACACACACACACAGACAUACAUACUGAUAGAUAUAUACAUACAUACACACAGACAUACACACACACAUACAUACUGACACAGACAUACACACACACAUGCAUACUGACAUACACGCAUACUGACAAACAGACAUACAUACAGACAUACAUACACACACACACACCAUACAUACUGCGACACAUACACACAUGCAUACAGACACAUACACACAGACAUAUAUACAUACUGACAUACAUACACACAUACAUACUGACACACACAGACAUACAUACUGACACACACACAAGCUGCGCUUGUCUGUGAUAACGCCCCCUGCCGUGCUUAACACACAUCCAGACAAUAGGGCAGGGCAGGGCAGGCCAGCACCUCCAGGCCAUGUGCCCAAUUUGGACACCCAGAAUUUGAAUGGGGCAGACCCAUCAGUUACUUCACUGUCUCAAAAAAAGGUGAAUUUGUCAAACAACAAUGUAAGAGUAGUAUUUAAGGGUUUUAUUGGACUGCAAGAAAUGCACCGCAGGCCGCAAAUGUUCUAUUUAGCACAAAAAAGGGUGAUUUUUUAACCCCUUAAGGACACAUGACAUGUGUGACAUGUCAGGAUUCCCUUUUAUUCCAGAAGUUUGGUCCUUAAGGGGUUAAACCAACAAUGUAAGUAGUAUUUAAGAGUUUUACUGGACUGCAAGAAAUGCACCGCAGGCCGCAAAUGUUCUAUUUAGCACAAAAAAGUGUGAUUUUUUUAAAACCAACAAUGUAAGAGUAGUAUUUAAGGGUUUUAUUGGACUGCAAGAAAUGCACCGCAGGCCACAAAUGUUAAUUUUUCAAAGUGCGAUGUAACCACAGUAUUUGACGGUUCUAUUUGACUCUCCGAUAUGAAGUGCACGCCCCAAAUUUACUUUUUAGCACCAAAAAAAUUUGCAUUUUUCAAAGUGCAAUGUAACCACAGUAUUUGAUGGUUCUAUUUGACUCUCAGAUAUGAAGUGCACGCCACAAAUGUACUUUUUAGCAUCAAAAAAAUUUGAAUUUGUCAAACUGCAAUGUCACAGCAGUAUUUAAAAAUGCCUAGAUGUUGCCCACUGAGCUACCAGAACAGGAUGAAAGUAAUGUGCCUGGCACACAUGCAGUUGCAAGUGCCCACCUAACAAACAGACUGAUUGCUCAUUUCUCUGUGGCUCUGGGCUCAGGGCAGGGUACAAAAAUGUAGUAUAGCACCCACAAAAAUAAAUCGCUGUAGUUUGCAGAUUCAACACCAGAAUUCUUUCCUAAUCUGUCCCUCACAGCUGCAGCAUCCUCUCCCUACACUAAUAAGAGCUCAUGUGACUCCAGCUUAUAUAGAGGCUGGGUCACAUGCUGCACUGGCCAAUCAAAGCCAUGCCAUUAGUAGGCAUGGCUGUGAUGGCUUCUAAGGGCACACAAGUCAAACGCUUGUUGAUUGGCUGCCCUGCAGCUUUUCAAAAUGCGCCAUUAAAUCGCCGAACACCGAACUCGAACCUGAACUGUUACUAAAAUGUCCGGGUUCAGGUCAAAAAAAUCUUAAUGUUCAGUACGAACCCAAACUUUACAGUUCGGGGUCGCUCAUCUCUAGCUACGACUGUAUAAUACUUCAUAUGUUUCUCAACUAUGUCAUCUGAGUGCAGCAAUAUCCCAAUAUGUACCUUUGCCAGGUACAUGUGGAUAUGUAAGGGGCACGUUUGAGACACAGUCAUUCCAUUUUUUUUCAAACUUUUUUUUAGCAGGCUAUAUAAAAGAAGACACCCCAGGGUAUUUCAAAAUGCAUAUUUAGAAGCUUAGCGUUUGAUAAUUUUUCCGCUAGCUUGUACCAAGUGUAGUGGUAAUAAACAUUUUGUCUGCCUUUUUGACACAUAAAGUGAGUUUGCACAAUAUAUUUUGCAAACCUUAUGUGUGCUACGACUGUAUAAUACUACAUAUGUUGUUCAGCUAUGUCGUCUGAGUACAGCAAUACCCCUGUAUGUACCUUUGCCAGGUAUAUAUGGAUUUUGAAGGGGCACAUUUGAGAUGCAGCCAUUCAGUUUUUUUCUAACUUUUAGGUUUUACGCUGUGUCCAUGUUCCAUUUUGGAGUAGUUUAGCUGGUUUGUUAUUCAAACUUCCCCACAAACACAUACUACUUAUUAAAGAAUACACCCUGGGGUAUUUCAAAAGGCAUAUUUUGAAGCUUGGCGUGGGAUUUGGCAUUUUUUCUCUAGUUUGUUCCAGGUGUAGUGGUAAUGAGCAUUUUUAAAUGUAUUUUUUAAUUUUUUAAACUUUUUUCACUUUUUUAAACUCGUUUUUAAAACUUCUUUUUGCUUAUUAAAUUUUUUAAACUUUCCAAAACUUUCUUAAAACUUUUUUUACACAUUUAACAUUUUUAUAAACUUUUUUACCGUUAACCCCUAACAAGCAGUAAGCGGCACUAACAGUAAAUUCCCCAAUUUCCCAUAACUCCCACUAACCCCAGCUAGCAAAAUAUAUAAUUUAAAAAUAUUUUAAUUAAUUAAUGAAAUAAAUUGAAUCCAUGAGGGUUAAAAAAAAUAAAUAAAAGUUGACCAUCAGGGGGUAAAAAAAAAAAAAAUCAGAUCACAGUAAAAUGUAGUCCCUGCCAAUUGAUCAAUUGGCAGGGAAGGGGUUAAUUUUUAUUUAAAAUUGGUAAAGGCGGGUGGGAUUUUAAACAAACUUUAUUUUUUUACACAGGGAGAAAAUCACCGCUGAUCCGUCUCCCUGCACUUCACACUGGACGCGGAAGAGCAGGGAGGUGGGUCAGAAGUUCCUGCAGCACAUGUGCUCGCUUUGACAGCGUGUCAGAGUGAUCACUGCUGCAGGGACAGCGCGAUUGGGUGCUCCUGGUCUGCCUUGAAUACAGUGGCAGACCGGAGGAGUGUUAACCCAGCAAUUGCCGCAAUCGUGGCCAUCUGGGGUUAACGUUAGUGGAUGACGGACACAGUCCAUCAUCCGGCGUUAACUGCUUGCCAGGCACUAAGGGGUUAAAACUAGGUACUGGGCAGUCAUUGUUGCUAGAAAACAACCCAUAACAGGGGAUGGGGCUUGUGAAAUAACAAGAAAGAACGUGGACAUCGGGUGGAGGACAUUCAAAAUUUAUUGGGGAGAACAAAUCAUUGCCCAUCACCCUGACUCCACCUGUGGCUAGAUGGAGGUUAUUAUAAUAUAAGAAUAUAAUAAGAGAUGGCAGAUGGGGGCCCUAAUAAUAAUAAUACUAAAAGUGUUAAGGAGCUUAUGUCCUCCAAGUGGCCCACACCCACUGGCAGUGGGUAAAGGCCCUAAUAGUAAAAUUCAAGGAGGAGGACCCAAUGACUUCCCCCAGCCUCCACACAUUUGCCAACCAAUCAGAGCACUCUGACUGCCAUGUUUCAAGAAAAAAAAGUCAGUUUUCAAAAACAAAUAUGUUAAAAUUGAUAUUGUAAUUUAUCUUUAUAAGUUUAAAAUGGCAAUGUGAUAAUAUGUAAAGACAAAGAUAAUGUAAAAGAUGUAAUUUUAUUUUGUUUUAAUCUAUGUCUAUUUCAGGAAACUUUACAGAUGUGAAACCAAAAUGUAGAAUUGGGAUGCCUGUGCCAUAUCCAAGUGGAUAUUUUUUAAAUAAUUUAUGGCACUCAAACUUCUGCAACCUUUCUUCUUUUGAACCAUUGUCUCAAAUCAAUGAGUGUUUAACUGGGAAAUUGAUAUACCUUAUGGGAGAUUCAACACUUCGUCAGUGGAUUGAAUACUUCCAAAAACAUAUGAAGAGUAAGUGUUUACAUUAUUUGCUCUUAUACCUAUAUAUAGAUACCUUUCUAGACAAAAGUACAUACUAGUACUUUAUUGAUUAGAUUACAUUAUUGACAUCAGCCUCCUGUGUCUGUGGCCUUUGCUUGCUAUUUAGCUACAUAAUGUGUAAGCUACCUACCUACUCUGUAUCUUUUUGUUCCUUUAUGUAUCUUUUUCCCCCAACCUUUUAUGCUCACAAUAUUAUUGAGUCGAUACAUGCAUAUAAGAAGAUGCUGAGUGGCACAACAUGGUAACUACUGCGCAUGCACACUAGCCCCUCAAUGCUUCCCUAUGGUGAAACAUUGGAUUGGCUAAAACCAUCAGUAAUGAUGAUCUCUGCACAGAGUAAGUGAUGAGAAGUGCCCACCAAGAGAAAUAAGGUAUAAAUUUCACCAUACUACCGUAAUUUUCUUUUCCUGGAUAUAUCCAUGGCAGCAUUACGAUAGGGUUAGCUCCGCCCACUUGGCUGUUUAGGACAGGAAAUAAAGGUAUAAAUACUCCUCCUUCUAGACUGGAUCUCCAGUCUAGUUACAAGCUCCUAAAAAAUAAAUUGAUACAGAAGGGAGGGAUGCAAUGCUGCCAUGGAUAUAUCCAGGAAAAGAUAAUUACGGUAAGUAUGGUGAAAUUUUCUUUAUUCCUGGCUAAUCCAUGGCAGCAUUACGAUAGGGUAAUACCCAAGCUCAACAUCUCAUGGGAGGGAAAUAAACAAGCACCCACCAAUAAUUGUAAAAUCAGUUAAGAACAAGCAAACUCUGGACUGCAGAGUUUAUGGGAAACUUCCCAAAAUUUUAAAUAAGGCCACUUUCUUGGAGUAUCCAAUUUGUGAAAUUUGAAUAGAGAACAGAAAAACUGUUACAGUCAUCUGGCUAUACCAUAGAUAUCACAUGACUAUAACCACCCGUUUCUAGAUUGCCAAAUCAUAAUGAAAUCAGCAACUUACAAUAUCCAGGAAUCUAACACCUGUCCAUUCCUGGACAACAGCAUUGAAUUAUACAGAUCUGAAAGAUAUACCAACAAAUGAGCAGGAGAAAUAAACCAGGCUACGGAAUUAAUCUUAGAUUAUCAUGUACAGUAAGAAAAAACACUUGCCCCCAGGCAAAGGCAACUGCAGAGGUACCCAAAUUAGUGUUCGAUAGGAGGAACAGGGAAUCAGACCUCUAACCCAAAUAAGCAUUGGCAUCCUGUUAAGUGCAAAAUGGGAGGAAAAGGUAUUAGAUAUAAAAUAGCAGAGGAACAGUGGCAGAAACCAACCGUGAGGGAAUAGGCCAGGUUAAACAGGAAUAGUUUCAAGUCUGAGAACAACUACAGCAUCAGGGAAGCUGCUAAUUCUUUCAGUUUCUCAGAGAUCAGAGACUGUAACAUAACCUCCUAAAAAAAAAUGUAAAUAGAGCAUUUUCUCAAGGAGAGAGAAACUACCUGGAUGCUAUAGGAAAACAGAAAUACAGGAACAAUUCAGUAAUGUAGUAUCGUAAUAGGUAUAAGACUAUAUAGUGACAUCUGAGAACAGAAAAUUCAAUAAGAACGGAGUUAAAUUAAAUUGCAUGAGACCUACCUUAUUAUGACACUAAGUUCAAGGUAUCAAAGCAUUGCAAAUAUCAGGAUAUUCUUUAUACUUGGAUUGUUUCAAAAACAUUAUGAAUGGUAAGACAAGAUACGGUUACCAGUAGGUAUCAGAUAACCGUCAAACUGUGGUUACAAACGCAAUUAAAAAAAGUUAAUCAAACAUGAUGAAAUUAGGUAGAUAAAUAAUAAGUGCAAAAACAGACACAUCAUCUGAACAGAUACUGCAUCUAUCCAAAACAUAAUGUGAAAAUUCUCUGGACAUUAAAUCCAAAAUAUGGUAACGUUGGAUCUCCUAAACCUGGAAUAUACAGAGAUUAGCACAGUCUGUGCCACAACAUAGGAUAACCAGGCAGGAUAAAAAAGCAGUUAACGCCGGAUGAUGGACCGCGUCCGUCAUGCACUAAAGUUAACCCCAGAUGGCCACGAUUGCGGCAAUUGCAAAAAAUACAAGUGAAUUUUUUAAAGUCAUGAUAACAGGAAAUCCCUUAAUGGGAUUGAAUCAGUUAAUGACUACAUACAUACAGCACCAUACAAGACAAUUAAACUCUGUGAUGGAGCCUUACUUCAAGAAAAUAUUGGUACAAGAAAAAAUACAAGUGAGUUUUUUAAAGUCAUGAUAACAGGAAAGCAAACCACCAUAUUAACCUCAGGACUCCUGUUUUCAGGGUCAGGACAAUUCACAAGGCCCAGUAACACCUGCAACGCAUCUGAAGUAAUUAAUUAGAACUGCAAGACUUUAUUCUGUUACCAGGUGUGUCCUGCAAACUGCAAUCCACAUGCUAAAGGCUUUCUGGUAUGACAAAUAGAAUGCCUUAUACUGCAAGUAAAGCCUCACACCGAAUCUAGUUACUUACCCUCACUUCAAUAAGAACUGGGCUGUCAAUAUACACCAGUUUAUGCACAGAGGUUAUAGUGGAUAGACAUACAGAUAGUCUAAUGGGAAUCCCAAACAAAGAUUAUAUUCCAUCCUUCACUUUAAUAAGAACUGGGCUGACAAUAUUAAAUACUGGACUGUCCAUAUACACCAGUUCAUGUACUUAUGAGAAUCCCAAAUAAGAUUAUCUUCAAUUCUAGGCAAAAUCUGACAAAAUUAAAAAAAAAAAAAAAAAAUCACAGAAUUUCAUAGACCCAAGUUUUAACCUCGACUUAUCCACGAGGCAUAGCAUAUUUCACAAUUGUUGGUCACAAAACUGCACUCGACUUAUACACGAGAUCGACUUAUACACAAGUAUAUACGGUAGGUAAUCUUAAGAGAAAAUUUCUAUUUAAUUCUAAAAAAACCUUUCACACUCCAUUAAACCUGCUUGCCUACAUGCUGAGUGUCACAACAACCAGUAAUAUAAUGCCUUAUAAGAUCAUUCUCUUAAUGGGCCUGAAUUAGUUGUGACCACCACAAGUGAGAAUAAAUCAAUCCACAUAAUGAAUAAAAACCGAGGCAGCAGUGGACUUCGUAUUGGAUAGGAGUGCCAAAAAUAAAGAAUAUUUUCCAUUCUCUGAGGUAAGGCAGGCUGGAAAUCACUGCAACAUGUCUUGUUGUAAACCAGGUCCAGUGUAGACAAAAAGACCAGAGUUGAUAUUCUCUGAAUUAAGGACUGCCGGAAAUUACCCCCACAAUCUUGUAAUAACAAGGGCCAUUGAAGACAUUCUCUGAGUUAAGUCCUGCUGGACACCAUACCUACACAUCUUGAAAAAACAAGGACCAGGGUGGAUUUUCUCUGUGCUGGAACACACAGUCACCUUUCUUGUUACAGAAAGGCCAAGAGUGGACUCUCUUGGAAUUAAGCCCUGAUUGGAAUCACUUGUUAACACAUCUUGUUAACACAAGGCCCAGUGUGGAUAGUCUAUGUAAUUAAGCCUGAUGGAAUUCAUUGCCACAUAUCCUGUUAAAAACCAGGGCCAGUGUGGGCUUAGAAUUAGGUUGAAAAUUCAUGAGAACAUGUUCCAUAUAAACAGUGCUACCACCAGGAUCAUAGCAAAUAUAUUUCUCCUCGAGUAACAUAUUUUAAGGAGGUUCUCCUUCCGAACACCAGAAAUACAUCCUUCAUCCAGUGACUUAUAUGUUUAUCAAUAUUUGCACGUACCAAUAUUAUACCGCUACCCCAAGGAUCACAGCGGCCGAUAUCCAAAACCAUACAUAUGUACACUGCAGUUUUACCGCUACCCAGAGGGUCACUGCGGAUUUAUAUCAUUAUGAAGUAUGUGUAAACACCAUGCACCGCUACCAAUAGGAUCACUGCAGCAAUAGUCUGAAUGUUAUAAUGUACGUGUCACACAUAAUAACAGCUGCCAAGAGGAUCACUGCGGAUUUAUAUCCUAUGACAUAUGUGAAUACACCAUGCACCGCUACCAUUAGGAUCACUGUGGCAAUAGUCUGAAUGUUAAAAUGCAUGUGUCACACAUAUCAACCACUACCAUUAGGAUCACUGCAGAAUAAUCAUAGUUAAAAAAAAAGUGUAUACAUCAUGCACCGCUACCAUAAGGAUCACUGCGGUAAUGUCAUAAUGCAUGAGUCACUUAUAAAUAACCGCUACCCUUAGGAUCACAGCGGAUAUAGUUUGCCAUCACAAUAUACCCAUAUAUAACCGCUAUCCUUUGCUGCAGAAUUCUUCAAAUAGUAAGGAUACAAGGCAUAUAUUUACCACUAUAGCUUACAUCGGAUAGGUUUUACUGCUACCCAGUGGUCUGAUCAGGAGUAUCCUUAUGUACUUUCCAAAAGUGUACAGCUAAACCCUCCUGGGUAAGAAGAGGUAAUCCAAAUCCAAAUCCAAAUCCAAAUCCAAAUCCAAAUCCAAAUCCAAAUCAGGUAAUGCAACUUACCUGAAACCAUGUCCACAGCCAAGAGGACAGGAAAAAAGACUGGAGAUCCGGUCUGGUAGGAGGAGUAUUUAUACCUUUAUUUCCUGUCCUAAACAGCCAAGUGGGCGGAGCUAACCCUAUCGUAAUGCUGCCAUGUAUUAGCCAGGAAAUCUGUUUUUAUUUAUUUUAUUCUGUGGGGCAAACAUCUAAAUAGGCUAUACAUCACUCUAACUUUAGGAAUAUAUGUUUGUAUUCCAAAUAGUUUGUUACUUUAGGGACCUGCUGACUACUGACUGCUAACAAAUGCUAACAAAGGAGCUCUCUUUGUAAAAUAUGUAUCCCUAUUUAAUUUCCUCUUAAAAUUAUUCCAGACCUGAAUGUGUAAAGCUUUUAUUGUCAGUAAAUGCUAACAAUUGUAUUAAUUGUAAAAUCUUUUUUGAAUUACUUACAAAUGUAUCAUGUAGAGUUAUGCAUUUAUUGUCAUCAUUUCAAAUUACUGGUGUCUUAGAAUUGUUACUAUUGAGUAUACAAUAUAUUUUUCUUUACCUCACAAUCUUUUUUAAUAGAUUUAUUUUUUCCCAGGCCUCAAGUUUUUUAAUCUUCCUGGACAUGGUAUACAUACAAAAUAUCUAGCUCUGGACAUGGAUAGGAAUAUAUAUAUUCAAUGGAAGAAGCAUGGUCAUCCAUUUGUCAGCCCAGGUAUCUACUCUGUCAAAGACUGUGCUUACAUUGCCCGUGAAAUUGAUGGACUUCCUGGGAGUCCAAACACCAUCAUUGUUAUUACACUUGGACAACAUUUCAGAGGUUUCCCUCUACAUUUGUUCAUCAGAAGACUACUAAGCGUGCGAAAGGCCAUUGAACGUAUUUUUCAACGAAGUCCUGAAACCAAGAUCUUCAUUAAAUUAGAGAAUUCAAGGGAUAUAAACACAGAUGUAGAACGAAUUAGUGAUUUUCAUGGCUAUAUCCAAUAUCUCCUAUUUAAAGACUUAUUUAAAAGACUUAAUGUUGGAAUAAUUGAUGCUUGGGAAAUGACACAAGCCUUUGCUUCUUACAAUCUUCAUCCUCCUGAGACUGUCAUUAGGAACCAAAUCAACAUGUUCUUGUCAUAUAUAUGUUAACUUAAUAUGGUGAUUCAAUGUUAUUAAAAUUUUUAAAUGCACCUUGAUAACACUUAGCAGUCAAAGCUUACCUACUACGAGAUUUUUGCUGCAGAGUUGGAACAAAUGGGCCAAGCCCUUCCUGGGUUCCUCCAGUCAUCUCACUAUGUCACCGUUGUACACUUUGACCUGUCUAUCCCCAGAUAUCCAACUAUACAAUUAGAUUAAGGGACGUGCCAGCAGCAUAGGCUUCAUGUACAAUACCCAGGGCAUCAAACCCUUUUCUGACCUGCAGUUGGAAUUCUCCUCCCAUCCAGGGAAAUUUUUACUAACCUACGAAUUAAGCAUAUUAUUGCUGCCAACCACAUAACGCAGAGUCUGCCCCAGCAGGUAACACACUUUUACCAAUACUGCAUUAAUGCAAGCACUAAAAAUAAAACAUUAUCUGUAAGUUAUAAUGCACUCAAUGCCUGAAGAAUACCUGACAAACUGCCAUAUAUGGCACACUGGGAAAAGGAACUGAACCUAAACAUUGAACCAAAGGCCUGGCUUCAAGCUAUGUGCCUGACUAAAUCCCCUAGUAGUAGCCUAUACCACUGGGAAGCAUUUUGUAAGAUUAUGAUGAGAUGGUACCAGUGGUGUAUCCUGGUUUUGUGGCAGGACAAAACUCAGGCUCCCCCCACCCCUCCCUCCUGCCCCGCCUUCUAAAUACACACACACGCAUUCACUGACAGAUACGCAUACACUAGCUAACAGACAUAUACACACUCACUCACAUUAACACUCUCACUUCAAAAAAAAUAAUAAUAUCUAACUCCCCCAGCCUCCUUACCUUUGGGAAUGUGGGGGGGGGGGGCCUUCUCCCUCUCCCUGGGAUCUAGUGGGGCUGCUGGAUGGUCGGUCAGGCGGCGCUGGCGAGGGAGCACUUUCCCCUGAGUGCUCUGCUCAGCUCAUUUGCGCACCGCAGAGUAAUGCCGGGAGCCGGAAUAUGAC